GAAAUAUCUCACUUUUUUUUUAUUGAUUUCUAUUUAAAAAUCUAAAGCAGACCUGUUUGAUUAAUGAUAAUUCCUCAUAUCUUCUUCCUUUAUCUGUUUUGUAGCCCGGCACUGCUUCUUAUAUCUGCAUUUGGGUCAUUGGGUACAAUAGUUGCGCUGACAAUCUACAGACAUCAAUAUCCUGUGAACCUCUACUUACUUUUUGGAUUUGUAAGUAUAAUUUAUAUGGACAUUAGAACUAUUAAAUGAUGCCUGAUCCUCUUUUCAGGAUAAAGUCUCCAAACUAGUAAUCCGUCACAGUUUAUUUUAUUCACUAAAGUCUGAAUUAUAAAAUAUUCUUCACCAUCCGUUUGGGCCAACCUUCCAAUUCUAACACUCAUUGUCUUUACUAACCAAAUCCAGAUUUAAGCCGCCUGUUUCAGAGAUUCUCCACUGUGUACAGUCAACAUCAGCAGCCAGUUAGCAGUGUUUGUAACUUGUACAAUGACACAUUCCCCACUACAUACUGUUUUAGUGUUUGUCUAAAUCCUUAUGUAAUCUCAAUUAUGCAAUUCCUACUGCCAAAAUGUUAUUACUGCUAUUAAUGGUUAUCAGAUAUUCUGAAAAUGCUGACCGAUGUAAAAGCUGUUUAGAAAUUGCAAACCUUACAGUAAAAUAAUUAUCACGUUCGCAGAAGACGUAACCCUGAGCUUGUAGUUAAUAAAUAGAAAAUUGAAAUGUGCAUUUAUUAAAUUGGCUAAUUGAUCAUAUUAUGUUGCAUUGUUUUAAUACCAUCUACCUUGGUUACUUUACUGGAAGUUAGGCUAACAAUUACAGAAAAAAAAAUCCAGGAUUUGCUUCACAAUCUUAAUGCAUCAUACAGGGUUUAAAUAAUUAGGUCCUACGCUACUAGCUAGGCCUUAAACUUACUUGCCACUGCAAGCCUGCAGGGUCCAUGACACUCUUACCAGGGCUAAAUUUUUAUUUGCCGCUGAGUUUUUUUCAAAGGCAAGUGGCAAGUAGACUUAUUUUACAUUAAUGUAACAUUUUUUUAAAAUGCUUGACUAUUCAAAUUCUUAAAAUUGCUGCUCUGCUCAGAAUAUAAUAAAAAAAAUCAAACAAUAUAGAAUAACAUUUAAUCUAUUAAAAAGUAUUCUGCAAUAGCCUUUUUAUCGAAGUUCAUUGCUACAGCCACUGGCCCUUUAAAUACUAUGAAUCUGCAUUUUGUUGGAUACUUUACCUGUCCCAGUGAGCAACGUGGCACCUAUACAGACACCGUAUUCCGCCUGCCAACACAUUGUUACUGAACCAUAAACCAAAUACUGAUCUGCAUGCUACUUGAAUGCAAAGUUAAAUCCCUUGCCAGCAAGAGGGAAAAAAAAAAAUCUAUUUUCAGUACUAAUGACAGCAGUGAUUAAGGUGGGAUUUAUUCACUAACCAGAAGAGUGUAGUUAAUUGAAAUCCAAUUUGUAACAGACUAAACUAGCCAAGGUGUGACUACCAGACUUGGAGAAUUUUUUUCCAACAAGCUGUUUUUGACAAAAUUUUCAAAUUCUGUUUUUAAUGUUACUACAAUUCACUGCUUAUUAAAUAACCCCACAUCAAACACAGAACAUAGGUGGACAAAGGGUAGAUUACCUGCUGUUGUAACCAGUGGCGUACCUACCACGAUUGCAGCUGCGACCGGGCCCAUCACUCCAGGACCCUUGCAACUUCAGGGCCACCACAACUUCAGGGCCAGUGCACUACCACAACGACACGGGCCCUGCGGUCGCUGGAUGACCGGCGGAAAGUGAGCGCUGUGCUUUACGCCUCCCCUCCUGCCGGUUUCUCUGUUUGUAGUGCAGCCACGUUACAGUCAUAAGGUAGAGGAGAAGAGAGGGAAUGAGGGCUGGAUGGUGGGGUGAGGAGGCUUAAUGAGGGCUGGAUGGAGGGUGAAAGAGGGAGUGAGGGCUGGAUUGGAGUUAAAAGGGGUCAAAGAGAGCUAGAUGGGAGGUGAAGUGGGUUAAUUAGGGCUGGAUGGAGGGUGAAGGGGGUUAAUGGGAGUGUAGGGGUUAAUAGGGGCUGAAAGUGGUUAAUGAGGGCAGUGUGAGGGGGAUUAAUGAGCACUGGAUGUGGGGGUGAGGAGGGUUAAUGAGGGCUGGAUGUGGGGGUGAGGCGGGUUAAUGAGGGCUGGAUGUGGGUGAGGGUUAAUGAGGGCUGGAUGUGGGGGUGAGGAGGUUAAUGAGGGGCUGGAUGUGGGGUGAGGAGGGAGGGCUGGAUGUGGGGGUGAGGAGGGUUAAUGAUGGGGCUGGAUGUGGGGGGUGAGGAGGGUUAAUGAGGGCUGGAUGUGGGGGGUGAGGAGGGUUAAUGAGGGCUGGGUGUGAGGAGGGUUAAUGAGGGCUGGGUGUGAGGGGUGAGGAGGGUUAACGAGGGCUGGGUGUGAGGGGUGAGGAGGGUUAACGAGGGCUGGAAUGGGGGGUGAGGAGGGUUAAUGAGGGCUGGAAUGGGGGCUGAGAGAAGAAAUGAGACAAAUGGAGGGCUGAGAGAGGGAAUGAUACACAUGUGGGGGGGCCCUGGUACAAUUUUUGCACCGGGGGCCGGUGGUUUCUAGCUACGCCUCUGAUUGUAACCGUACAUCCCUCAGAAUGCUUUUAAAGUUUGCAUCCCUAUUUGCCUGUUGUACAGAAGAGAUUUAGAAGUUUGGUCUCAAAACAUUGAAUUGACAAAGUGUUAAAACAUAAAUAAAUUGGCACUUAGGUUUCUAAAAAAUCAUUACUUUUACAAUUCAUCCAUUUUUAUGAUGGUUAUUUUUGACCAAGUCUAAAAGUAUGCUGAAUUACAUAUUUAUGACCAAGUUGAAAAGUAUGCAGAGUUGCAAUUAAAGUUUCUCUGCCACCCAUCCACCCCCACCACAAAAAAGUGAGUAAAUUUAUAAAGAUUAACUCUUUAUGAAAAUGUUGACUGCAUUUCACAAAAAUUCCAACAUAGUCAAAAGAUGUAAUAAAACAUUUAGGGGCUAUUUAUAGAUUUUCGCAUGAUUGACAAAUGGCAAAUCUAACCAUUUAUCUAGUAAUGGCUAUGAGGAAAAAGGCUUGUUCUAUAGAGGGUCUCACUUGAUCCUCCAUAGAUAUCAGUGUCUGCAGCAUGCGUGUGUGUAGAGCGGUGACGUGAGCUCUUGGAAUUUAGAGGCAAAGGAGAAACCCCAGAAGGGGACUACUGCUUUUAAGUAGAAACACUUUUCCUGUUUUUUUUGGUCUACUUUUUCAGCAUUGUGAUUAUGUGUGUUUACUUUAGGCUUCAGCAGUCUAUUACCCAAGCAAGAUAUAAGGCUUUCUAAAUUAAACACACUUCUGUAAGAUCUGAUUAAAGAUAAAACCAUUUUUGUUUCAUGGAGGCUUUGUGAGUCACAGCCAGGGGAGGUGUAGCUAGAGCUGCAUAAGCUGAAACAAAAGGGAUAUAACCCCUAAAUGUCAGACAAUUGAGCAGUAAAACUUAAGCUUAAAGGAUCACUAUAGGGUCAGGAACACAAACAUAUUCCUGACCCUAUAGUGUUAAAACCACCAUCUAGCCCCCCCGGGCCCCUCAUGCCUCCAUAAAUACAGCAGAUUGUUACUGUAUUCAAGCCAGAAGCUGUAGAUCUGCAUGCUGUUUGCCUCAGAAAACAAGCAGUCUGAUUACAUCAGCAGAAGUGGUAGCCUGAUCCAAUCGCAGUGCUUCCUCAUAGGAUUGGCUGAGACUGACAAAGAGGCAGAUCAGGGGCAGAGCCAGCACAAUUCAAACACAGCCCUGGCCAAUCAGCUUCUCCUCAUAGAGAUGAAUUAAAUCAAUGAAUCUCUAUGAGAAAAGUUCAGUGUCUGCAUGCAGAGGGAGGAGAUACUAAAUGUUUGGAUGCAUUUUAGGCAGCCAUGACCCAGGAAGGAUCUCUAACAGCUAUCUGAGGAGUGACCAGUGAAGUUAUCACUAGGCUGUAAUGUAAACACUGCAUUUCCUCUGAAAAGGCAGUGUUUACAGCAAAAAACCUGAAGGUAAUGAUUCUACUCACCAGAACAAAUUCAAUAAGCUGUAGUUGUUCUGGUGACGAUAGUGUCCCUUUAACCCCCUUAAGGAAGGCAGGCAUGCUAUGCCAUCUUUGGGGACCCGGCUCUAAAUGCCAGCAGGCAGCAUAGCACGUCACCACCGUCCUAUGUACUUACCCGCUCGCUGGCGAUCGUGGUGGGGGACUCACUUGGCAUCCCAGGAAGUCCCCCUGCUGCCGUUCCAGCUCUCCUGGGCCAUGUGAUCGCGAGGUCCUUGCGAGGACCUCACGAACACAUGGACGGCAUAGCAGUCCACAGCAGUGCCAGCAUGAGAGAGUGUCUGUAAUUACAGGUUCCCCCCCCCCUGCUGCCUGUAAAAAGUAAAAAAAAUAAAUAAAAAAAAAGUUAAAACAGUUUAAAAUAAAAUAUAUACUUGAAAUAUAUAUCUCUCUCAAAAUACAGUUAGAACGAAAUUACACAUAUAUUUUUAUUUAUUUUAUAUUUAACGUAUUUCCAUAUUUUAUUUUUUUUAUAUAUAUAUUUUUUUUUAAUCAUUAUCAUUCUACGUGUAUUUUGAGAUAUAUACAUACUUAGAUUAUAUAUAUGUGUGUGUGUAAUUUCGUUCUAACUGUAUUUUGAGAUAUAGAUAUAUAUCUCUCUAUCUCAAAAUAGACACAGAACGAAAUAUAUAUCUAUAUACAUAAGUGUGUGUAUGUAUGUGUGUGUGUGUGUACACCCACCCACCCACCCACCCACCCAGUAGAGAGCACUCAGGAGUCUUUCAAGGAAAAUUUCAUCUGUUGCUUUAUUGAGCAAUUACAAAUUCACACAACAUUCCAGUCUGUAAAAGACUUUUGUCAAGACCGGAAAAAAGUAUUUUACAGACUGGAACGUUGUGUGAAUUUGUAAUUGCUCAAUAAAGCAGCAGAUGAAAUUUACCUUGAAAGAUUCCUGAGUGCUCUCUACUGGUAUCGUAUACAAUUUGGUUGGAGACAGCAUGGGAGCAUUGAGUGUGUGUGUGUGUGUGUGUGUGUGUGUGUAUAUGUAUAUGUGUGUGUGUGUAUAUAUAUAUAUAUAUAUAUAUAUAUAUAUAUAUAUAUAUAUAUAUAUAUAUAUAUAUAUAUAUAUAUAUAUAUAUACAUAUACAUACACACACACAAUUUGUGUGACCUGCCUGGGUAAGCUGCCCGGACAAAACUAGUAAUUGAUUUUAUAUAUAUUUAUAUAUAUAUAUAUAUAUAAUAUAUAUAUAUACAGUGGCGUACAUACCAGGGUCGCGGCUGCGACCGGGCCCGGCCCACCAGGGGGCCCGGCCGCCCCUGCGACCCGGUAUGUACGCCCAGGGCCAGCCUCUUCCCCUGGGUGGCCCAGGAGCCGACCACCCCAGGGCCCCCCUGAGGCUGGCCCUGCUGACCCCGGGUGGCCGGUCGGGCAGGCAGGCGGGCGCGCGAGGGAGCACUCAGUGCUUCCUCUUCAGCUCCCUCGCGCACCACACUGAUACCGGAGCCGGCAGAUGACGUCAUCUUCCGGCGCCGGCAUCCCUAUGCGGCGCGCGAGGGAGCUGAAGAGGAAGCAGUGAGUGCUCCCUCGCGCGCCCGCCUUCCUGCCCGACCGGCCACCCGCCCAGGAGCCCAGCAGCACCACUGGACCCCAGGGAAUCCCCCAGCACUCCAAAAGGUAAGGAGGCUGGGGGGAUUACAUUAAAAAAAAAAACAACAACAAAAACUUGUGUUAGUGUGAGUGUUAGUGUUAGUGUGAGUGUUUGAGUGUGAGUGUGAGUGUCAGUGAGUGUGUUACUGUGUGUGUCUUACUGAGUGUGUGUGUGUGUUAGUGAGUCUGUUUGAUGUCUGUUAGUGAGUGUGUGUUUGUCAAUGAGUGUAUGUUUUUUAAGUGACUGUGUCUCUGUCAGUAAAUGUGUGUGUCUGUUAGCUAGUGUGUAUGCGUCUGUAAGUGUGUGUGUGUGUGUGUCUUCAGCACUUACCUUUCUCCAGCGCCGGACUCCCUUGGCACUGAGGAUCCCUCAGCCUCUCCGCUCCGAAUGCACCGCGCACGCAUUCAAACCGCCCAUAGGAAAGCAUUACUCAAUGCUUUCCUAUGGACGUUCAGUGUGCUCCUCUAGCGGCUGUCAGUGAGACAGCCACUAGAGGCUGGAUUAACCCUCAGUGAAACAUAGCAGUUUCUCUGAAACUGCUAUGUUUUCAGCUGCAGGGUUAAAACUAGAGGGACCUGACACCCAGACAACUUCAUUGAGCUGAUGUGAUCUGGGUGUCUGUAGUGGUCCUUAAAGGACCACUAUAGUGCCAGGAAAACAUACCGUUUUCCUGGCACUAUAGUGCCCUGAGGGUGCCCCCACCCUCAGGGACCCCCUCCCGCCCGGCUCUGGAAAGGGGUAAAACUUACCCCACCUUUGGAGGCUCUCCUCCUCCAAUCCUCCUCUUCUCCUCCCCUGUGUAUAUGCGCAGCGCAAGGCUGCGCGCGCAUUCAGCCUGUCACAUAAAGCAUUCAUAAUGCUUUCCUAUGGACGCUGGCGUGCUCUCACUGUGAAAAUCACAGUGAGAAGCACGCAAGCGCCUCUAGCGGCUGUCAAUGGGACAGCCACUAGAGGAAAUAGGGGAAGGCUUAACCCAUUCAUAAACAUAGCAGUUUCUCUGAAACUGCUAUGUUUAUGAAAAAAUGGGUUAACCCUAGCUGGACCUGGCACCCAGACCACUUCAUUAAGCUGAAGUGGUCUGGGUGCCUAGAGUGGUCCUUUAAAUGUGUGCAUCUGCAUGCACUGGCGUACAUACCGCGGUCGCAGCCCUGUAACCCCUGCGACCAGGUGCCCACCGCCAUGUGUUGCGGCCCGGCCCGCGCGCGGGGGGGGGAGGGAGGGCCCACGGAUCAAUUUUCGCACCGGGGCCCCAUGGGUCAUGUGUACGCCACUGUAUAUAUAUAUAUAAAACAAGAGGGGGUUGGCUGCACUCACCUUAACAUGCAUAAAUGGGGGUGCUGCUGGGGGCCAAAUAAUACAAUACACAAGAUCCAGCGCACUCACCUAUCCACUAAACAGCAACUUCAAUGUUGAAAGAUUGUAUUUGUUUUUUUAAAAACACCUAAUCUAGGCAAAAAUAAUGGGGGUUUAGUUACAUUAUAUGAUCAUACAUUGCAUAAGCCUGCCACAACGUCAAUGUACCCCAUCUUUGGCAGGUCCUACACUAACAGCCUAUAUAUAUUACAAUUUGUAAUAUUUAACCCUGUAACACUGACCGUGUACACUUUCCAGUCUAAGAGAGACUUCAGCAAACUUGGAGCUGGGUAAACUGCCUGGAUAAAACUAAUAAUUGAUUAUUAUAUAUAUAUUAAAAUUUGUAAUAUUUAACCCUGUAACACACAAAAUAUAUUGUGUUAUUUAACCCUGUAACACACAAAAUAUAUUACAAUUUGCGUGACCUGCCUGACAACCCAGGCCGAAAGUCCAGGGAACUUAAUUUGCUACCACUAUAUUUAACCCUGUAACUUUCCAAGACACCAUAAAACUUGUACAUGGGGGGUAUUGUUUUACUUGAGAGACUUCGCUAAACACAAAUAUUAGUGUUUCAAAACAGUAAAAUGUAUUACAACAGUGAUAUCGUCAGUGAAAUUUCUUUGCAUUUUUCACACACAAAUGAUAUAAUUGUUGUGAUACGUUUUACUGUUUUGAAAUACUAAUAUUUGUGUUUAGCGAAGUCUCCAGAGUAUAACCAUACCCCUCAUGUACAGGUUUUAUGGAGUCUUCAAAAUUUACAGGGUCAACUAAAAGGCUUGCGUUUCAUUUUUUUCACAUUUAAAUUCGCCAGAUUGCUUACGUUGCCUUUGAGACCGUAGGGUAGCCCAGGAAUGAAAAUUACCCCCAUGAUGGCAUUCCAUUUGCAAUAGUAGACAACCAAAGGUGUUGCAAAUGGGGUAUGUCCAGUCUUUUUUAGUAGCCACUUAGUCACAAACACUGGCCAAAAUUGGCGCUUAAAUUAGUUUUUUGCAUUUUUCACACACAAACAAAUAUUAACACUAACUUUGGCCAGUGUUUGUGACCAAGUGGCUAUUAAAAAAGACUUAACAUACCCCAUUUGCAAUACCUUGGGUUGUCUAUUACUGCAAAUGGUAUGUAAUCUCAUCCCUGCGCUACCAUACCGUCUCAAAGGCAACGUAACCAAUCUGGCGAAUUUCAAUGUGGAAAAAAAUGAAAAAUGUAACCUGCUAUAUUUGACCCUGUAACUUUCCAAAACUCCAUAAAACCUGUACAUAGGGGGUACUGUUUUACACGUGAGAAAUCACUGAAUAAAAAUGUGUAUUUUAUUGCAGUAAAAGCAAACCGAAUUCUGACAUUCACAGUUAAAAUGUCACAUAGAACUAAAAAAAAAUUAAAAAUGUAUUUUCUCCCAUUUUAUAAUAUUUUAUUCAUAUUAAAUUGUUUCAUAUCUAAUUAUUUGAUGUUAAAUGAAAGCCCUGUUUCCCCUGAAUAAAAUUAUAUAUAAUAAGUGUCGGUGCACUUAAUAUGAAAGAGGUGAAAUACGGUUGAACAGACAUAUAGUCAAAUUCCAGAUUUUGUUUGUUUUGAUCACAACUUGUACAUUUGGCUCAGUCCUUAAGGGCUUAAAGAAGUUGUUUUGCUACUUAGAGGCCCUUUUCCACUGAUACAUGGUAAGUGAAGUUGCCUGCAUACAGACUAGAGAGAAACUAGUUGCUUAGGAGAUGUUUUUCUGCUUAGUGGCCCUUUAAGUUGACCGAUAAGGUUUCAGGCAUGUUACAUCAUACUACAGUGGCAUUUGACAGUGGUUCCCUAUGACUCUUCACUCCUUAGUGAAGUGAUUGCCUUCUGUUGCAUAAGAACAUGAUUGCAAAGACAUUGGUAACUUUUCAGUUUUGAUAUGAUCGAAGUUCCUUUAUUUUUCUAGACUCUCUUGGAAGCUAUAACAGUUGGUAUUGCAGGUAAAUAUUCCAAGUUAUUUGUGUAACUUUUGAUUUGUGGCAUUUCAGUAUAUUUUGUCUCUCAAUUUUACUUUUAACAACAUAAAAACUUUUUCUGGGAAUUGGGAUUUUAGACCACAUCCAGAUAUCUAAAGGAAAAUUAUGGACUAAAAAUCAUUUUUAUAUUGCAACAAAAAAAAUAAAUAAAAUAACAUACAUUCCUUCAAAGUUUCCUUUUAAACAUGGGUUAAUGAAUCUGUCUGAGGACAGACUAGCAUGAUGCUUCGUGACCCUUACAUUUUUUUCGAAUCUUUUAGUACUGGGUUUAGAUAGACAUAGAUAUUCGUAUCCCUCAUGAGUUCUAGGAGAAGGGGGGGAAAUGCCAAUAAAACAGAAAAGAUUUCUGUAAGACAGAUGCCAAUCCAAUACAUCAAACCUAUGUGUAACACAUCUGUGUGUUUUUUCUGUUCCAGUGACAUUUUAUGAAGUGUCUGUGGUUAUACAAGCCUUCUUACUGACCGCAGCGGUGUUCUUUGGACUGACCGUGUACACUUUCCAGUCUAAGAGAGACUUCAGCAAACUUGGAGCUGGGUAAGCUGCCUGGAUAAAACUAGUAAUUGAUUGUUGGUUGAUUAUGUUUGGCUCAUUAUAAUGAUCAGAAGACUCACAAAGACAUAUCAAAAUUAUAAUGUUAUAUGCAAGUUGUUUAUUGACAUUCUUUCAGAAUUGUUCUGCAUUUGUAAAAUGCUUGUCAUGGUGUCCAAAGGUCUGUUGAAAGAUUCAGCAUCCCAAACACUGUUUGUGUAUUUAUUCCGAAUAGCCUUUCAUGGAUAUUCAUUCAACUAGGAAUUAUUUGAGAACUGAAACUGUAUUUGCAAAUUUUAUGCCAAAAUGGAACAACUACCCAACUCUUCUAUUAAGCUUAUAAAGCAGAACUGUCACGAUCGGAGUACAUUGCAUGAUUUUGCAAAGAUGGUGACAUUGCCCCGAUUACGGAUGGGGGGCAUUAUGGGAAAUGUAGUCCAGAAACAAUUUAUGGUGUCAAGGUUAGCCAUCACUAUAAUAACUAAACUGUGUUGCGCCUAAAAUCCAUUAAUGUUUAACAUAAAUAUUCAUUUUGUAGCAUUCAGCCAAGUAGCUUGUUUUUACAUUCAAAAUGAGAAUUUACAAAAAAUAUAUAUAUUUAAAUGUUAACUGUGUUUUGUGUUAUUUAGCUACCACAUGAUAAAACUGUCCUAAGACUGAGAAAUACCCUGCUAGUGUAAUGAUCAACUUUACAUAUAACACAACUCUUGUCCAAGCAGGUGGUGAUUGUCACUUUUGAGUGACAAAGUUCAACCUUAUUGUGACAUUAGAAGUAUUGUUUGAUUUGUUAAUGGGAAAAGAAAACUGACUUUGGCCUUUGUUUUUUUUUUUUUUUUUUUAAACAGACUUUUUGCAGGCCUGCUGGUGUUAAUUCUUGCUGGUUUUCUGAGGGUAAGAUAUUACAGUCAUUGUGUAUUUAUGAGAGUAAUCUGAUGGCCACAUUGUAAAUUUUAUGUUAUUGCAUUUUUACCGGAUCUCUACACAACUAGUAUUUAGCUUCUGUAGUGUUUAAAUAUCAAAAUAUGACCUGCCUGUCCAAGCAAUUUAAUCUUGUAAAACCUUUUGCUUAAAGGUCAGAUCAGGAAUUUACACAUCAAAAAAAUAAAGGUUGUUUAGUAUUUGGAUUAUAGACUAUAAACUGUACCUUUUUUGUACUGUGUGAUGUAAUUGAAAUGGAGCAUUGUAUUCCUUAUUUUAAGUAGUGUUCUAUGCUCCAUAGCCAUUGCAGCUCAUUGUGGACACUAUCCAGCAGGUGUGUGUUUUUUGAGCGUUUGCAAAAUAGACAGCGCUCUCCUGGUGCCUACAUCCUGCCACACUACCAAUGCGAAAGUGGACUUAUGCACUAGCCACGACACCUUUGGGUGACAUUCAUAGGCUAAGAAUGCUGGAACUGGGUUAACACAUUUUUCUCAGGCUAAUAUUGCAGCCAAAAACCACAACUGAGAAGAAAGGGGCGAUCCUUUGAUAUGCGCCUUUUGGUUUUGUUUUUUGCCCUCCAACUUCUCUUAAACAGUUUAACAAAAUAAAAAUAGGACAGCACCCACAGACUCGUUACAUGACAUCCUCCAUAGGUAGCAAUAGUUGUUAUGAUGUAUAGAGUGCUCUCUUAAGUCAUCUUUUGUAAGUAAAUCCUUUUCUAAAGUAGAUUAGGAACUGCACUUAAUCCCAUCACUCUGGGCCAGGGUGCAACUAAACCAUGGCCCAGCACUAGUCCCAGAUGCCAAAUGCAAGAAACCAAUAAAGGUUCAGGCACUCCAAGGUCCAAGAAAGGCAAAUUUAUUUGAACCAGAUAACGUUACUUCUUGUUAUCUGGUUUGAAUAAAUUUGUCUUUCUUGGACCUUUGAGUGCCUGAACCUUUGUUAUCUUUUGUAAGUAAGACUGAAAUGUAUCAAAUUCUCUGCCUUUGUACAUCUGCUGACCUUGUCUUACUUAUUACUUGUUUAUGAUUUUUGGGUUGCAAAGUGUUGGUGUGCCUAGGAUUAAUUUCAUUUAAGGCAAUCAAGUCAAUGGUACACUUUGAUUUCUUGCUGUACAUUUUUGUGAACUCUUACUGUGCAGUAAUUGCUGAGCCAAUCCGUAUAUCCGCAUAGAGAUGCAUUGCGUCAGUACAUCUCUAUGGGGAGCAUUUAGCAUCUUAUUGUGGGCAUUGAACAUAGAUCAUGCAAUCUUUGUAGGACCUUGUCCAGGAAGUCACUCUAGUGGCUGUCUGUGUGACCGUCCCUAGUAGUGGUCAUAGGCAGCCAUGUAAACAUUGCCUUCUCUCAGAAAAGCAAGCCUUUACAAUGUUUUGCCAACAGGAACAGGCUAAUUGCCCUAGAAACACUACCCUAAGCUGUAGUCUUUCUGGUGCCUAUUGUGUCCAUUCAAGACCAGGCAUCACAUACAUGGGGGGCUCACCCUAGCCUAAAUUCAAAAUAUAAUUCCAAGAAAUUAAUUUCAGUACUUAUCAGAAGAGUAGCCCUCAUUUACACUGCAGUGUGGCUAACUCAAGUUUGUAAAAAGAAAAAUUGUAUAAGGCUCUCCUGUGUAUAUGAAAAUGUGUUUACUCUCUGGUCCUGUGGGUUGAAUUUCUUGGUGUUUAAUGUAGUGUUAUGCUGAAUUUUUUUUUAUUUUUUUUUCUGGUCAGUUUUUCCUUCACAGUGAGACUGUGGAGCUGGCAAUUGCUGCUGGAGGAGCCAUCUUGUUCUGUGGUUUUAUCAUCUAUGAUACUCAUUUGUUGAUGCACAAAUUGUCUCCUGAAGAACACAUCCUGGCUUCAAUCAAUCUUUAUCUCGACAUCAUUAAUCUGUUUCUGCAUAUUCUCCGUUUGCUACAAGCUGCCAACCAGAAAUAAAGAAAAAUUGCAUUGAUACAGCUGAUGAUAAAACUUUCUUUUCAUAAAUGAUCUAAUUUUCACACUUAUCUCAGUACGAAUUUCUUAACUGUCUGAAUGACUAACAAGAAAUGGGUUGCGCAAUGUGACAUCAGUCAAUAUGUAGGAGUGCAUUAGUAACUGUAAAUUACUUUGUAAGCAUGGCUGCAUGUCUCUCCUUCACCGGGUCUCCAUAUUUAAAUAUCCUGCCUAUUCCCUCUGGAAUUUACUGUUUUAAAAAAAUGAUCUGACUGCAAUAGAGACAUAUCUAUCAGAAACUAAAUUUGAUCCAUCUAUUAAAUGUAUUAUUUACCUGUGCACUUUGUCUUAUAGUGAUCUGAAAACAUAAUGACCUAACAUGUAUUUUCUGAUUCUCAUUUACUUGUAUUAAGUGUAAGGAAUAUCUUGCCAACUUUAUUAUGUAUAUAUUUGGACCAUCCUGUGUUUUCCUGUUAAGCGUGGGAUGUGGUGUCUGUGUUUACUCCUUGCACACUGUGACUCCAAAUCUUAGCAUCGCACACACCACAUGUGUCCCAGACAGUAGACCGUGUAUAAUCACUUGUGAUUAUUGCUUCUGUAAAUGGUUUAAAAUGAAUAAUAAUCAUAUUCUCUCAUAUUAGCAGACCAGAAUAUUUUUAAUUUUAAUCCUAAAGAACCAUCUAAUGCUGUAAUGAAACUCGUACCAAAGUUCCUGCAGUGUUAUCUUUUAUUCCACAUACACAAAUGAUUCCAUGGGGUGUUAUAAAUGUGUUAGUCUGCUUUCACUCUGGGGUGAUUCAGACCUUGUGUGUAGCGUAGCUCAAUUCUCCCUAUGUGUGUGACAUCCAUCAUUGUAUUCUGAAAAGUGUCUUCUCUUUUAUAAAAGUAUUUUAAAAGUAGUGUGUCACUAUGCUACUUUAUAUUUUCAAACAGUUUUUUGCACCUUCACAACUAUGUUCCUCUGUGAGUAAGGUGAAAAUUGUAUGUGAGUAUUUUACCUCCCUUUUUAACCAACAUAACAGUGGCAUAAGAGAACACCAGAACGUCUAAUGUUUAUGGUGCAUAAACAGGCAAAAAUAUUACUAAUAAAGUGUAGUACAAAAGGAAAAAUAAAAACCAUUGAAAAGCCAAAGUAAUAAAUAGUGGAAAUGGAGUACCAGCCAAAAAUCCAGAAAAAAAACAGUUAUUCACUGACACUUUGAUAAAUCAUCCCCAUUGUGUUUUCUUAAUGUACCUGAACAUGUGUGUUGCAUAUUUUAUUUCUAAUAGAAAAUUUGUAGCUCAUUAGUUGGUGCCCUGUCAUUGGCUGGAUUAACCUGAAUAAUAGUGGACCUGCUUAUCCAAGUUGCUAUUGUUCAGUUUUACUACGGCUAACAUACCGGUAUGUCUCUCGUUUAAUGUUAGUGAAAUUUAUUGCAAUUGUUGCACUAGAAAUAUAUGUGUGUAAAAAAAAAAAAAUAAGUACAUAUGUUUGUCACUUCAAACAUACCUUUCUCCUAUUGUUUCAUUUUUGUUUAAGAAUCUGUACUUCAUUUCUGAUCUAAUAUUUUUAAGACGUAUGACAAAGUAGGGCUACUUUGUCCUUAUGUAUUUUUCCUACGCUUGACAAUCCUGACAAACUGUGGAGCUUAAGGCAACCUCCACUUCAUUUCUUAAAAUAAUGGGCAUUGCCCUAAGCUCCACCCUUUUGUCAAGAUUGUCAAGUGUAGGAAAAAUACAUAAGACAAAGGAACCAAUUGGAGAAAUGUAAGUUUGAUGUGACAGCCACUUCAAUUGAUUUUUCUUUACUAAUUUCCAAAUACUAGUUUCUCACUACAAAUAUUAAAGAGGAACUGUCCUUUCUCUGGAAUGUAUACCAUUGAAUAAAACAUUGAACAUCACCUAUAAUGUAUCUUAAUUUUUGUUUGUUUUUUAACUUGAGAUGCUCAGUUUUUCUUUUAAAUUGAAUUAAAGAUUUGACAAAUCAUAAUCUUAACUCUGUUGCUAUACAUGUUGAUACAUUUAUCAUCCAUAAUUUAACCCCUUAAGGACACAUGGCAUGUGUAACCUGUCAUGAUUCCCUUUUAUCCCAGAACACUUUUAUCCCAGAAGUUUGGUCCUUAAGGGGUUAAAGGGACUCUUAAGUCACCAAAACAACUUUAGGUUAAUGAAGCAGUUUGGACGUAUAUAUCAUGCCUCUGUAGUUUUACUGUUCAAUUCUCUGCCAUUUUAGGAGUUAAAUCACUUUUGUUUCUGUUUAUGCAGCCCUAGUCACACCUCCCCUGGCUGUGAUUGACAGAGCCUGCAUGAAAACAAAACAGUUUCAUUUUAAAUCUGAUGCAACUAACUUUACAAAGCAGGAGGUAAAAACAUUUAAAUUGAACUUUUAUUGCAUACAAUAGACUCCUGCUGGGUCUAGCAAGCUAUUAACAGGGCUGGAGAUGAUGAUGAUAAAUUCUAAAUUAAACAGAAUUUGUAAUAAAGGAAGUGUCCCUUUUAUAUUACUUUGCAAAACUAGAGAAAUAUCAUCUCCAAAUAUGUAAUCCUAUCCAAUAUUUUUAUUGCUC